AGCCGUCACACCUAAUUGGCUAAUAAAGGAAAUUGAAAACUUUGCCAGUCUGGAUCAAGAAACCCUGUCUUUCGUCUCAGGUUGGAGUAACACUCCCAAGCUUUCAUCAAUGCCUUCAGCGCUGGCCGUUUUUACCUGCCGCCCGAACUCGCACCCCUUUCAGGAACGCCAUGUCUACCUGGACGAACCAGUCAAGAUCGGGCGCUCUGUGGCUCGUUGUCGCCCAGCCCAGAACAACGCAACGUUCGACUGCAAGGUGUUGUCAAGGAAUCAUGCUCUCGUCUGGUUCGAUCACAAGACGGGCAAGUUCUAUCUCCAGGACACUAAAAGCAGCAAUGGAACCUUCAUCAACAGCCAGCGCCUGAGUCGGGGGUCUGAGGAGAGCCCCCCCUGCGAGGUCCUCUCCGGUGACAUCAUCCAGUUUGGCGUGGACGUGACCGAGAACACCCGCAAAGUCACCCAUGGCUGCAUAGUGUCUACAAUCAAGCUGUUUCUCCCAGAUGGCAUGGAGGCUCGGAGGCGCUCAGAUGUCAUUCAAGCGCCGUUACCACUUCCUGUUGAUAAGGUUGCCGCUAAUACGCCCAGUAUGUAUUCUCAGGAACUGUUUCAGCUUUCUCAGUACCUACAGGAAGCCUUACACCGGGAGCAGAUGCUGGAGCAGAAGCUGGCCACACUGCAGCGGCUGCUGGCCAGCACACAGGAGGCAUCUGAGAGCAGCUGGCAGGCUUUGAUAGAUGAAGACAGGCUGCUGUCAAGGCUGGAAGUGAUGGGGAACCAGUUGCAAGCAUUUUCUAAAAACCAAACGGAAGAUGGCAUCCGCAAGGAGCUUGUAGCCUUACAGGAGGACAAACACAACUACGAGACGACAGCCAAAGAGUCCCUGAGGCGGGUCCUUCAGGAGAAAAUAGAGGUGGUCAGGAAGCUAUCAGAGGUGGAGAGGAGUCUCAGUAACACAGAGGAUGAAUGUACUCACCUGAAAGAGAUGAAUGAACGCACACGCGAGGAGCUCCGGGAGCUGGCCAACAAGUACAACGGAGCGGUCAACGAGAUCAAGGACCUGACAGACAAGAUAAAGCUGGCGGAGGGCAGGCAGGAGGAGAUCUCUCAGAAGGGGCAGAGUGAGAAGAAGGAGCUGCAGAUGCGCAUUGAGGAGAUGGAGGAGAAGGAGCAGGCUCUCCAGGCCCGCAUCGAGGCCCUGCAGGCCGACAACGACUUCACCAACGAGCGGCUCACCGCUCUGCAAGUCCGUUUAGAGCAACUUCAGGAGAAAAACGUAAAGGAGAACAACAGCUUAGAACACUUUCUAUUAAACAGUGGAGAGGACUGCACUUUUAUCCAGCAGUUCAUUGAGUGCCAGCCUGUGAAGCAAUUAAAAGAGGCUGUGGAUUCCUCGCUGACCAAGAUCCCAAACUUUGAUGAAGUUAUAGAUGCUCAUCUCCAAAACAACCAGAUGUCUGAAGAGAACAGUCUGGACAGCCCAGAGAGACUGAAAGAAAAUCAGAUAGAUGCUAAAGAGUCGGAUAUGUCAGACACACUGAGCCCCAGCAAGGACAAAAGCAGUGACGACACUUCAGACGGCCAGAUGGAUGAGCAGGAGCUGAAUGAGCCUCUCAACAAGGUCGCGACGCUCAAAGACGAGCUGCGGCGGGCCGACCUGGAGCCCGGCGACACGGAUCACAUGAUCCAACACCUCCGCACCGAGCUGCUGGAAGCCCAGGAGCUGGCCAACACCGGCAAGCAGAAAUGCCUGGAGCUGCAAGCUCUGCUGGAGGAGGAGAGGAGGACUAACAAACAGCAGACUGAGGACUCUGCCAAACAGAUCCAGUUUCUUCAGGCCCAGCUGCAGAAGCUGCACGUGGACAUGGAGGAGCUGCGGGAGCAGAGGGAGAGCUCCAUCUCCAGCACGCGGGAGGAGCUGUACAGCGCCCAGGAGGAGGUGCUGAUGCUGCGCCACGUCAUGGAGACGGCCACCGCCGAGCGCGAGCGCGACAUCGCCGCCCUCAAGGCCGACCUGGACGCCGUCACCGCCGAGCUGGAGAAGUGGCGCCAGGCGGCCGCCAAGUACGAGCUGGCAGCCCUCACCCCACCAACCGCAAGGCUGCAGCUGGUCGGCAGCCGCACAGCAGCACAUGGGAGAAUCUACGAGCUGGACCGGCUGCAGAAGGACUGCUCCAGCCUGCAGAGGGAAUGCACAGCCCUGCGCUCUGAGAAGGUGGCUCUCCUGGAGAAGCUGCAGAAGCUCGAGGUUGAGCUGGACAGCUCCCGGGAGCAGAGCGCCUUCCUCAGCAGCAGCCUCAACGCCCUGGAGAAGUCGCAGGGAGCCCUGGAGACCAAGCUGGGCUCCAUGCAGGACCAGCACAUGCAGGACGCCGGCAAGCUCCAGACCCAGCUGGCCCAGGCCGACAGCCGGACCAAGAGCCUGCAGAAGGAGUAUGAAGAGACCCAGUCGCUGCUGUCGGACCUGAGGGAGAGGUAUGAGCGCACAGAGCAGGAGAAACGCUCCAUCAACGAUGAGCUGGAGCAGUGCAAGCUCGACCUGAAGCUACUGCAGGAGAAGGGAGGCAAUAGCGGUUGGUUGCCCUGGAUGCCCGUCGUUGCCGUGGUGGUUGCCGUGACUGCGGUUGUGCUUUACCCGGGUCUGUCCAAAAACAGCACCUGAGCGAGCCCCUCUCACACCCCCCCACCCACCCGACGACUCCCCUCCCCCCCCUCCACUCAGCCCAGGCUCCCGUUCCCUCACCCUCAAUACCUCCUGUUCUGAAAAACACGGCUGUUUGCAAACGCAGCAGUAGGCUCCCUGCUUUAACUGUAUAAAAUGUAACUGUACAUAUUUAGAGAGGGAAUAAAAGUUGUAACUUCUACUAUAGAUGAAAUACUUUAUCUGCGGUUUAUUUCUUUGUUUUUUUUUUUCUUAAUCAGUUUGUUGGGAAUCUUACUAUUAAAGAUUUUUUUCAAUGGGUACCAAACUUGUUUAUUUUGCUAAGUUUUAAGGUGAAUUGUCUUAUAUGGUUUGCCAUAUUAGUGUAAAAUGUGGUAUUCCAGAUAUGGGUUUCAAAGCCAAAUGUCUAAUUAUACACAGGGCACAUGGGGUUAAGUGCCUACCAUAGCUUCUAGAUGUGUGUAAAAAUUGUGUGAUCCAGUCUGUUGAAGUGCCAUUCAUACUCCUGCACACUCCUAGAUGUUUCAGAGGAACUCAUCUGAGGUAUCAAAUGAAAAAUAGUGAAGUUAAAAAAAAAAAUAAUAAUAAUAAUAGAAAAAAACAUCUCUAAAUGGUCUCCGUGGUGGCUUUGUACCCUUCCAUUUAUUUAGUUCCGUUCUUCCUGCCGAUGUCAUCUCUUCUAGAUCCGUCGAGCGUGUAGUUCUGGUGUGUGCGCGCAACAUGUUCUUCUGUUAGUCAGCCUGUUUGUGGCCCUGUUUUUAUUGCUCUCCCAUCUGUGACACAUCCGUUUACGACACAAACGAGUUUCUUGUGCUCUCAGUUCCAGGUGGCCAUUGGUACAAGUAAUAAUAAUCGCAGAUUUAGGUAGGUCCCCCUGCACCUCUGACUGUAAGCCCUCCUGACACAGAGACCUUCCUGUUUGGGAUGUUGGCGCAGUCUGCGGCAUGCUGCACUGCACCAUGGGUAAAAUUAGCUACACUUUGUCAGACUGGACUUCAGUGUAAACGGGGGUUGGCUCGUCUCUGAAUGUAUUCUUUAAGAAAGUAAUAAGCUAAGGCCUUCUAUCGGGACACACCUGUGGUGGUAUCACGUUGUGACUGAGGGGACAGAUGCGCUCAUUCGUCCUGGGGCUCCUCUUGGGGCGUGGCCCGUGCCUCCUCCUGCUCCUCCUCCUCCUCUCGCUCCUCCGUUUCCUCCUCUUCCUGGGCCCCGCGCGGGGACGGUGUGGUGGUGGCCAUCCUCUCCAGCUCCUCUCUCAGCUCCUGCAGCCGCUCGGCCGUCCUGGCCCUGCUGUUCUUCAGCGUGUCCGUCUCCUUCUGCUUGGCCUCCAUGUCCGUCUCGUACGCCUCCAUCCAGGCCUCCAGCCUCUCCUCCAGGUCCGUCUGCACCUCCUUCAGGAAGUUCUCCACCUCCUCGUGGAUGAAGCGCUCCUCGGCGAUCCUCUCCUGCAGCCGCUCCACGGUGGCCUCCAGCUCCACCUCCCGGUGGACGUUGUGCUCCUGGCUCUGCUGCACCUUCAGGUGGGAGAUGCCGCGCAUGUAGUCCCUCUCCAUGGCGGCCUUGGCCUUCAUCUCCUGGAGCUGGGCACGCAGGUGUGCCGUGAUCUCCUCCCGCUGGUGCACCUCCUGCGCGCGCUCCUUGCGGAGGUCGCGGAGCUGUCGCUGCAGGGCCUUGCCCCGCCUCCGGCCCUCCUCCUCCCGCUGCACGAUAUCCAGGUGGUUGGCCUUCUGGCGCUUCUCCUCCUCCACGGCCGCCAGCAGGCUGUCGAAGGUGCCGGCCUCCUGGAGCUCGUCCAGCAUGUCCUUGAUCACCAGGGCCAGGAACUGCCGGUCGUGGUCCACCUUCUCCAGGUUGUCGGGCGACAGGGGCUUGUUGUCCAGGGCGUGGCGCAGCUCCACGAGGGCCCGACGCCUCUCUCGAGCGCUCUCGGCAGGUCCGCCCUCCUCCGCCACUCGAGCCCCGCUCAGAGUCUCCCACAUCUCCUUGUCCUCCUCGGAGUUCUCCUGAAUGGCGGCGAUGCAGGCGAUGUGGCCCAGCACAGCCAGCUGGUCUGCGCAGUCCUGCAGCACCAUGCUUAACCUGAUCUGCUCCAGGUCCCAGACACUGUGCUGCCACCGUGUCUGCAAUAGCUGACUCUCCUCUGUGUCACGUUUCUUCUCCAUUUUUUUAAUAGGCUCUGCCAUUUUCACCCUGGCUGAAUGGUGGUGUCACCAACCUAGGUGGAUGCACUUUUAUUUUCUUCCGCUCAAAUGCUCCCACAGUGAGACUCAGGACACUUUAUCAAGCGCUAACCCAUUCAAUCCCAACGUCUCCCUAGGCCCAAGAUUAUUUUCUUCUCCUUGCUCUCUUUUCCCGCUUCAGGUCCUGUAAAUUUUCCUUUUACGUUUUUGACUUAAAUAUCAUUAGGGUUUUUUUUCGUACACUUAUAAAGUUGGGUAAACUUCCCCUUUCUUACUUCAGGCGAGCAUAGCCUAUAAUAUUCUAAAUAUUUUUGUUGUAUGUUCUGCCCUGAUUUUACGAAAUUAUUAAUCUUUUUUGUCGUACUUGUUCUGGCUACUUGUCCCAAUCGUACAAUGAUCGAUCGGUAAUUUAGCGGUUUAACUCGCCAGCUUCCCACAGUUUGGAUUAGUGCCAAGCUUCUUUCAAAACGGCAAUUGGAACUGUGACGUCCGGAGUUACGUCACAGAGGAUGAUUACAAUUCAGACCUCCGUCCACCAGACCUGUUGUUUUUUUUUUUUUUUUGGAAUAAAAAUAAUGCUUUUCAAGCAAGUUUUUCUUAAAUUUUGGGCACAAGACAAUUUGUACAUGUAAGAUAAACGUACGGGAGUAGCAUCAGUUUGAAUUAAGCUAAUUGAAGAUGAAGUUUCCGUUAUCGGCAUUUUGAAUAUAGGCUAACCGAUUGAUUGUUUGUUAAACCAAUUAGGCACUUUUGAGCAUUUGGCAUGUUAAAACGCACAUAAAAGACGACGUGUACCUGGACAAGGUCAUUAGGCGCUUUUCCACCAUGGUUUAAGCCUAGAACGCGGAAAGGCAUUCAAUUCAGAAAUGUCAAGAGGAAUAUUUAAGUGGAAACCUCCGUGUCAUUCAGGCAGUUGAUCUGAUCGGAACAUCGUUUGUUAACCUCAUCAAAAAGUAAUUAAUCCUAAUCAGAGAUAUCAGCUCUACCUGUCUUUCGGAGAACCCGGCUGUUCUCCUACUGUGGAAUGGUCUCGUAACAGGAAACUUUAGCUGAUGGUCCUCAAGACAGUUGAUUACAUACCACCAAUACAUAUUUGAUGAACACACUGUAUUUUCCCCCGAAAAACCACUCGUGUCUGGUAGAAUUAAUUUUUCCCUCCUACCACUUUCAGUGAAGAAACGGUUAGUGUGUCUUCAACGCUGUUUACACCCCCCUUCGCAGUACACAUGGGAUGUUAAGACUCGUAUGGAAUAGCCGGGAGCGAUUAGGCAACUUUCGUUUUGGAAACGUGGUACCUUCCCGAUUGUGGUGACCAGUGAGGUGUUGAAAUACUGUCUGAAGGUACUGGCUGUUGUUCGUGUCUUCAAAAAAAGGAAAAACUGCAAUUGGGCGUAGGAUACUGCAAAACUAAGCCCAAUAAAUUGCGAUAAAUAGUAGAAUAUGACUUCACAGACCGUAUGGUUAGCCGUUGAACCAGCUAAAGAGCAACGGUCUUGAUUUAAAAAACAUCAAGCACUACACUCAGUAGCUAAAUACAACUGCUAGGCUAUUUCUUCCCUGAGUAGACUACAUUUUGAAUUAAUCCAAAAACUCCAGUAGGCUAAUCUCGAUACGAAAAACUACAGUAUAUGGUAUGCGUUGUUAGUACAUUAACUAAUACACAAAAACACUACAUUGCUUAGUCGUUUAAGGAAUACCUCAAUACGUUGUCGUAAUUUAGCUAAUUGUUGUAGGAUGUAUGAAACAUAAAAUUGGGUGUUACUGAAUAUUUUUUCUCUUAUGGAAAGAUUCCUUUUAAAGGGAAGUUUCCUAGAGUACGUUUCAGUUGUUCCAUACACAGCUCAUGUUCGUGCAGUCUUAGACCACUGUACACACAGACCCUGAUUUUUCAGUACAGACCACUCCUACUCAUUUCUUACCAGGCUUAUCCAUAUUAGUGACCUGUCUGUCACCUUACAUGUAACCUGAAGUUCACAUAAUAUAUAUUUACCCCUCUUUAUGGGGGUUGGAGGUGUUUGCUUUAAAAGGUCAUUUUGGACAGAUUUAUUUUAAUUUUUACUGGAAAAAAAAAUGUUAAUGAAAAUGAACUUAAAUAAUUUCUCUUAUUGAAACUGGGAGUUCAGUGUGGGUCCCUGUCUGGGAAAUGGAUUCAAAGUUUUCAAGUGAAUAGUUUGACUGAGGGGUGGUGAGAUGAGCCUGCAAGAGACUGGAAUAAAUUAGAGAGGAUGUGUCUAGUGUGGCAUGUGGAGACCAACAAAUAAAACUGUGUGGUGUUUACGUUUACCUUCUUUGUCUGCAGCAUCAUAAAUAAGAGCUCCUUCAGGUCUUGGAGCAAACACUCAAUUCCUCUCAGUCCUCCCUCUCACUAAGCAUUGUGGCAUUCAGUUAGUUUAAUUUAACUUCAGUUGAAAGGCAUUCCAACCCCCCCCACCCCCCAAACCCAACCACCUACUCUCUGUCUCUGCUCACAGAACCCUUGGUGUAGGUCGUAAGUGUAGGUAUUCUCUUUCUUGCUACAGAAAUCCAGUGUCACACAUGCACACAUGGAGUUAGUGCUGGGGAGUCAUUUCAGUCAUCAGUUUGCGUGUGUGCGUCUGUCUGUGUGUGUAAAAUAUCCACAUUAUGUACACGUUGUAGACAAGUUUAAAUAAAAGGAAACUGUCAAUGCGGACAUGAACCCACGCUCCUGUGCGUUUCUGCUGCUGGAGGACUAUUGCAGAAUUUUUCGGGUGGACCUCUAGUUACCGACCCUUAGACCCUUCCAGUUUCAAUCUGCACAGACCAUAGAGGUUUUUCCCAUUUCUAUUUCUGUUUAUAAUUUCCUCCCCAACCCCCAAUUUUUUAUGUCCAGUGCAGGUUUUUUGUUUUCAGAAUUGUUUUGUUCUUGUUUCUUUUCUCUUUUGAGAGGCGGAUAUGAAUGGGGAGGCUAAUCCUGGUGCAUGCACUGUUAACUACUACUAUCUUUACCAAUUUUCAGAAUUGUAUUGGAUUUUCCUGGUUUUCUGUUGGCGUGUUACUGUAACUGAACUGUGUGCCAGUCACACUCAUCCAUUCACAUGUGAUGACAGAGCACUUUGGCGGGAAUAAACCUAAUUAAAAUUGGUCUGUUUUAAAGGUUUUCAAACUCAAAUGAAAAUGCAUGUAUGUUACAUUCACAGUGAAUCCAAUGCAGACAUGGAGAAAAUGUUUCUCUUACUAAAUAUUAGCUUUGUGCGUAAGCAACACCCAUCAUUUUAAAACACAAUUUCCUUAACCUUACAAAGAAUAUCGAUGUCCUUUAAAUUGGAAUAGGGGUAGAACAACACUUUAAAAAGUUAUUAAAUAGUACUGUAGUUUAAAAGUGCAAAUUAAAGUUUUGGAGCGUCAUUGUAUCUGUGCAUCUAUAAGAAUUGUGCAGUGUUUGUUGAUGAAAUCAUUAAUGUGUGAAAUAAUGUUUCUGCACACAUGCUGUUAAUGGAAAAAAAGACUUAAUUUUUCUUAUUCCACCAAUUUGUUUGCUUUGGCAAAGUUAGUCCAAGCUGCCCGUCGCUCCCACACACCCAGCCCGUGAUGGAAAAGUACCAUUUGUACAUAGUUUUGUUUGCAAAUAUUGUUCUGAGAUGCUAAAACUUCAGAAGGACACUUUUUUAAGUAAAUAAUUGUUUAAAAUAUAUUUUGUAAAGAUGGAAAGUUACAAUAGUUUCUGGAGUACAGAUUUAAAAAAGUAUUUGCACUAACACAUGUGAUGUGCAUGAUUUUAAUAAAAACAACUUUACUCUCC